CUUUCGCGCAACUCCACUUGUCAGAUACAGCAGGCCGAAUCGUCGGUCUACAGUACCGUAACACAGUAUUGUUUUUUUUUAUAGUUUUAUGCAUUUAGCAAUGGUGCAGAUAUCAAACUUAUCGAUAAAGGUACUCGGUCCAGCGUUAUAGUGCUUUAAAUAAAGUGUAGUGCCUCAAAAAAGACUUUAGGAAUAUGGAAAAUACCUCACAAUCAUCUACUAACCCCAUUUCUCAGGGGUGUGGCACAAAUACACAAAUAAAUGUUCAUGUGAGCCCCACGACGGGGGGCGACUUUUACCUCAGUGUAGAUUCGGACAUUUCAAUCGAAAAUCUCAAAAAACUUAUAUCCAAAAGACUCAAAGUGCCCAGAGAUCGAAUAUGUUUACUCUUUAGAGAUAAGCAAUUACAAGAUGGAAAUCUGCUUCAACAUGGCAUUUCUGAUGGAUCUAGGAUUACUUUAUUACCAAAUGUUGAAACAGGGCUCAUUACACAGCGUCCAGAAAUUGGGAUAAUGCAGGCAUUGGAAUCUCUUAACGACACCCAAGUGAAUGAGUUUCUUUGCGGCAAAGCCCCGCUCAAUCUCAGCAUGCGUUUAGGUGAUCACAUGAUGCUCAUCCAACUGCAACUCAGUACGGUUUCCGGAGUAAAACCGACCGCUCCGCCGACGCCGCCUCCUACGCCGGGACCUCCUUGCGUCGCCGCCCCUCCCCCCCAACCACAAUCAUCAUCCUCCUCCUCAACCUCCUCGACGUCGUCCAGCCCUCCUAGUCUGUUGCAAGCCUCGCGCAAUUUGCAGCACACUCUCAGAAGACUGUCCGCUGAUGUGUUCUCCGGAAAAGACAGAGGUCGCCGAGAAAGCGUCUACUCCGGCACGUUCAGCGGAGCCCUGAAUCCGGCUUUGCAGGACCCCAAAGGUCGGCCGCGUCGCGAUGUCGCCACCAUCGUGCAUAUCCUCAAUGAUCUCCUGUGUUCGGUGCCCGAGCUGCGACGGGUCACCCGCAAAGGUUCCGAAGAACCGGCCAAUCACGCUCCGGAACAACAAGACGAGCCCAUGAUGACCACCGCUUGUAACGAAGACCAGAACCUGAGGACGCGCGGCAAGCUCGAGCACCUCAGGCUCGUCAUGGGCGAGAGACGUGAACGCAGAAGGCAACGCAAACAGAAACCUUAUUCGCUACCUCAAAGUGACUCUGAUACUGUCACGGCAUGAAAUACGGCUUCCCUGUACAUAGGUUAUUAAUUUCUCAUCCUUUUUCUCGACGAAGCUGUUCAGAAGUCCGACUAUAUAUAUUAUUGUUUCCCGUUUGAUGGAUUCGUUUAAUUUGACUGAAUUUAUAACCUUGAAUUUAGAGUUUGGCGAUUGCAGCGCUCAGUCGUGGCCUUUAAUAAACAAAAUACGCUGUCUGUCUUUUGAAGCGAAUGUUAGAUAUUGUGUAGUAUCCAGCUAUUAUUUUACUACUGAAAAUAAUAGAUUAUCUCUACUAUUAUCUCCUCCAUAAACAUUCCAUUAGUUGUGGUCUAAAACAGCCUCAGAAUCAUAAUAUGUUGCUCUAAGAUCUGUCUGUAUCAUAUUGAUGAUGUAUAGCCUGACCAUUCUUGUGCAAAUCCAUCAGUAAACCUCUAAAACGGUAGAUAACCAGAAUUUGGCUGUUUUCUCUACAACCAACAGUUUUACUUAAUUGU